AUGACCCAAAACAGUCCUUACAAAAGAUUUUUUGUACCCAGAAGCAGAGAAGAAGAGGAAGAAGAAGAGAGAAUCUACAAGAGAUAUGAGGAGAUUGUUGCAAAACUUCCCACAACAGAAGAAGGUUGGUCAGGUAACCCAGUCUACCAGUACCAAGGCUUUUGGUACAGUCCUGAAAUAUGUGUUGGAACACUAGCAGUUCAAGAUCACUUCAAGGCACAACCCAGUGACAUUCUUAUUGCUAGCCCCCCCAAGUGUGGCUUCACUUGGCUGCAAUCACUAGCUUUUGCUGUCAUGAAUCGCGAAUUCCAUCAUCCUUCAGCACAUUCACACCCUUUGCUCACAUUCAACUCGCAUGAUCUCGUGCCAACGAUGGAGAUAAGGCUAUAUAACAACCAUUUCAAUGGCAAUCGAAUUCCCAACCUCGAAAUCCUUCCAUCACCUAGACUGUUUGGAACACACAUGCCUUACACAUCGCUACCGCAAUCUCUAGCACAUAAUUCAGAGUCCCGGGUCAUUUAUAUUUGCCGGAAUGUGAAGGAUACUAUAGUAUCAUGGUGGCAUUUCGUCAAUAAGGUAAGGUCGAGUAAUCCAUCCUUGGAGCUAAUCAAAUUGGACUACAUUUUUGAGUUGUUUUGCAAAGGGAUAUCUGCAUUUGGGCCAUUCUGGGAUCAUGUGUUGGGGUAUUGGAAUGCAAGUUUAGAAAGGCCUCAGAAUGUGCUCUUCCUCAAGUACGAUGAGAUGGUCACUGAACCAGUUCUUCACUUAAAAAGGAUUGCAGAGUUUAUGGGAAGUCCCUUCUCAUCAAAGGAAGAAAGGGAAGGGGCUAUUGAUCAAAUAAUAAAGCUAUGCAGUUUCGAGAAUUUAAGCAAUUUGGAUGUGAAUAAAACUGGAAUAAAUUCUCCUGGGAUUAUGAACAGUGUCUUCUUCAGAAAAGGUAAAGUUGGAGAUUCCACAAAUUACCUUACACCUGAGAUGAUGGAACAGCUUGACCACAUUACACAGCAAAAAUUGCAUGGUUCAGGAUUGAAACUCUAA